CCCCUGAUAUCCGAAAGAGUUAACUACGGAUAUGAGCUUGUGUGCGAGUUUCUACUUGAAGAUUGCUCUUUAACUUUCCAUCCCUCGCAAAUCCACCCAUAUAUAAAGCAUAGCGUCUCUCACUUUUUACAAUACGGGCCUCCACCCAGAGCGACAUGCAUAUUCUGUGAACGCAUUUUUGAAAAUCAUAAUGAUCCGCUUGCGAGCUGGAGACGACGGAUGUUGCACAUUGUGGAGCAUUAUAGAUACGGAGCGCGAGCUGAGAAUAUGCGUCCUGAUUUCUUUAUUAUCGAGUAUCUUUGGAAGAAGAGAAUUUUAUCUUCGGAAGAUUAUAAAUGGGCAAUCAGGCAUACCGAGAGACGUAAUAUUGAUGGACUUGUCGAUUUGGGUUACAUUACCCAGGAGAUGAGAAGAAAAAGUGAGAAGGACUUAGAGGAAAAAUUCGAUAUAGAUAAAGAGGAACGGCAGAGGAGGCGAGCA